CUGGCCAGUGUGGACUCAAUUCAUUUGAAAGGCUUCAUUCGUUAACGCACCACAAAAUGACAUAUAAGGAUUGGAGGCUGAAAGUGAUGGUUAUUAAUAUUUUAGUGACAAUAAGUGAAUUUACUGUUAAUGGAUAUUCAACAAAUGGAUGUGAAUUGAGAUAUAAAAAACACGUGGACGACAAGCCCAACUUCUUUCUGAUGACCAACUCUUUGCCGGGAAUCUGCCGAAUUCAGCACGAGGACAAUUCGACCGUGAAUUACCACGUGGAUAGGAAGUACGCGGAGCAGAUAAGACCGGAAACUGUAAUUGGCGGACUAAACUACGACGCGCGCAAUGGUACCAUUCUCUAUUGGGCGAAAAUUGCGAAUGUUGACCACUCGAGGCUUUACAAGGUGCGUUUAAACGACAGCCACUGGCAGUCGGUCCUCGACCAGGAUGACGACUUUCGCGACAUGACCUACGACUGGAUCUCCAAGAAUCUUUACAUCAUAAUGGGGGUGCGCAGCCUAAUGGUGGCCGUGAACGCCGAGAACUCGUGGAAUCCGACGGUGGUGAUGUACGACAGGUCGCAGCUGACGAGCUUGGCCGUUCAUCCCAACAAAGGCUACCUCUUCUUCGUGGAGACGAGUUACUGGUUUGGUGUGCAAAACAAGAUAUGUAGGGCUCAUCUCGACGGCUCGAACGUCAUCGAAUUCAAUCGCACGGGGACAGAUCUACGAUAUUACAUCGCGAGCAUCGUCGUUGACUUUUAUAGCGAUAGAUUGUAUUGGAGCGUACCGGGGAUGGAUAAAAUUCAGCACUCGAAUCUCAAUGGCGAGGACGUCGGUACGAUAGGCAGUGUGCGCGUCUACUCGGGACAGCUCGACCUCUCGUCCCGGACUCUCGCCGUUAGUAAGCAUUACGUUUACUAUCGCAGCUCAGAAGCGAAUACCGUCCGGAGGAUCGAGAAGACGAGCGAGAUGAAGGAUGCUGACUACGAGCUCGUUAAUAUCGAGGCUGCGCCCAUAACUGAGAUCAUGGCGUUUACCUACAAGUCACAGAAGGUGAGGAAGGAUCAUCCGUGCAAGGAGGUCCGAGGUGGUUGCGAGAAAUAUUGUUUUGCUGUGCCGCACGACGAAGGACUACUCAAGCGCGUUUGUAAGUGCAGUUUUAACGACGUCCUGGCUACCAAUGGUGUCUCGUGCGUUAAGAAAAGACAGCCUAUGGGAUGAUAAAUCGGUGCCGAUGCGGCUCACUGUGAUUACUCUUCACUCCUUUUCCUGCCAGGCUACGAUGUUCACGAUGUUCGCAAAAUUUUCACAAAUAUAUUGCGUGCGACAUGCGUUAAGAUAUAUUGCCUACAUCGUGCCAUUUAUCAUGGCUAGUAUUUGAAUAAUCAAGAAAAAUCACACAUUUUCAUAAUGCACUGAUACUGGCUAACAAUAAUGUAUACAAACGCCAAUAAGAAAU